AUGGGGUUAAUUCAAAAACCAGCAAUUUGCUUGGAAUAUGAAGAAGACAUCACAACUUUGGCUUUCUGUUCUCCUGUGUCAAAAAAAACAUUUGAGGGAAUGGCUCGAGGUAGAAUAAGAUCGAAGCUGCGACUAAGCAAUCUCUACACAUUUGGAUGUCUUAGGCCUAGUACAGUUGAAGGUCAAGACACUCAACCAGUUCAAGGUCCGGGAUUUAGCCGGACAGUGUUCUGUAACCAGCCUCACAUGCACAAGAAGAAGCCUUUGAGAUACCGUUCUAACUAUGUCUCCACGACGAGGUACAACCUGAUAACUUUCUUCCCUAAAUCACUGUACGAGCAGUUCCACCGCGCCGCGAAUCUCUACUUCUUGGUGGCUGCGAUCCUCUCGGUGUUUCCUCUCUCGCCGUUCAACAAAUGGAGCAUGAUUGCUCCUUUGGUCUUUGUCGUUGGGCUUAGUAUGUUGAAAGAGGCUCUAGAAGAUUGGCGUAGGUUUAUGCAAGACGUGAAGAUCAACGCGCGCAAGACGUGUGUUCAUAGAAGCGACGGUGUGUUUCGUCAGAGGAAGUGGAAGAAGAUUAGCGUUGGGGAUAUUGUGAAGGUGGAGAAAGAUGAGUUCUUCCCUGCUGAUUUGCUGCUUCUGUCGUCGAGUUACGAGGAUGGGAUUUGCUACGUUGAGACUAUGAACUUGGACGGUGAAACAAACUUGAAAGUGAAGAGAUCUCUGGAAGUGUCAUUGCCACUAGACGACGACGAAUCUUUCAGGAGCUUCAUGGCGACGAUUAAAUGCGAAGAUCCAAACCCGAGUCUCUACACAUUUGUUGGCAACUUAGAGUAUCAGCGGCAGACAUAUCCUCUGGAUCCAAGUCAGAUUCUGUUAAGAGACUCAAAGCUCAGGAACACGACCUAUGUUUAUGGAGUUGUGGUAUUUACAGGUCAUGAUACUAAAGUUAUGCAGAACUCAACGAAGUCUCCUUCCAAGAGAAGCAGAAUCGAAAGGACAAUGGACUACAUCAUCUACACUCUUCUUGUCCUACUUAUCUUAAUCUCUUGCAUCAGCUCAUCAGGAUUCGCCUGGGAGACAGAGUUCCACAUGCCGAAAAUGUGGUACUUACGACCUGAUGCUCCUGAGGACAUAUCAAAUCCGGUCAGUCCAGUCUACGCCGGGGUUGUUCACCUCAUCACUGCUCUGCUGCUCUACGGAUAUCUGAUUCCAAUCUCUCUUUAUGUUUCGAUUGAGGUUGUCAAAGUCUGGCAAGCAAGUUUCAUCAACCAAGACUUGCACAUGUAUGACGAUGAGAGUGGUGUCCCUGCGCAAGCGCGCACGUCGAAUCUGAACGAAGAGCUUGGUCAGGUUCAUACUAUCCUCUCUGACAAAACGGGAACUUUGACAUGUAAUCAGAUGGAUUUCUUGAAAUGCUCUAUCGCUGGUACUUCUUAUGGCGUGCGUUCGAGCGAAGUAGAGCUCGCUGCUGCGAAGCAGAUGGCUGUGGAUCUUGAAGAGCACGGAGAGAUAUCGAGUACUCCUCAGUCUCAGACCAAAGUUUACGGUACAUGGGACAGUAGCCGAACGCAAGAGAUCGAGAUUGAAAGUGGAGGGGACAACAAUUAUAACAAUCCUAGGGUUCCUAUAAAGGGGUUUGGUUUCGAGGAUAGUAGACUCAUGAAUGGGAACUGGUUGAGGGAAUCACAACCUGAUGACAUUUUGCAGUUCUUCCGCAUUUUGGCUAUCUGUCACACAGCUAUCCCCGAGCUCAACGAGGAGACUGGAAAGUACACUUAUGAAGCAGAGUCACCUGAUGAGGCUUCUUUUCUUGCUGCUGCUAGAGAGUUUGGUUUUGAGUUCUGCAAGAGGACUCAGUCAAGCGUGUUUAUCCGCGAGAGGUCCUCUUCUUCAGGGCAAAUAAUCGAAAGGGAGUAUAAAGUUCUGAACUUGUUGGAGUUCACGAGCAAAAGAAAGCGAAUGUCAGUGAUUGUACGCGAUGAGGAAGGGCAGAUUCUUCUACUAUGCAAAGGAGCCGACAGCAUCAUCUUUGAUCGGUUGGCAAAGAAUGGGAAGACAUACUUGGGACCUACCACUAAGCAUUUAACUGAAUAUGGAGAAGCCGGGCUCCGUACACUCGCACUUGCAUACAGAAAGCUUGACGAGGACGAAUAUUCAGCUUGGAACGCUGAGUUUUUCAAGGCUAAAACUUCAAUAGGAUCUGAUAGAGAUGAGCUUCUUGAGGCGGGAUCGGAUAUGAUUGAAAAAGAACUUAUCCUUAUAGGUGCUACUGCUGUGGAGGACAAACUCCAGAAAGGGGUGCCCCAAUGCAUAGAUAAACUUGCUCAAGCUGGCCUCAAGUUAUGGGUUUUAACAGGGGACAAGAUGGAAACAGCAAUCAACAUUGGAUUCGCCUGUAGUUUACUUCGGCAAGGCAUGAGACAGAUUUGCAUAACAUCAAUAAAUCCAGAUGGGGGAUCUCAAGAUUCGAAAAGGGCUGUGAAAGAAAACAUUUUGAAUCAACUCACUAAAGCUGUACAAAUGGUGAAGCUAGAGAAGGAUCCACACGCUGCAUUUGCUUUGAUCAUUGACGGGAAAACUCUAACUUAUACGUUGGAAGAUGAUAUGAAGUAUCAGUUCUUGGCUUUGGCGGUCGAUUGUGCAUCAGUCAUUUGCUGUCGUGUGUCUCCCAAGCAGAAAGCUUUGGUAACAAGGUUGGUUAAAGAGGGAACCGGGAAAACCACAUUGGCCAUAGGUGAUGGUGCAAAUGAUGUUGGGAUGAUUCAAGAAGCUGACAUUGGUGUAGGAAUUAGUGGGGUUGAAGGAAUGCAGGCUGUUAUGGCUAGUGACUUUUCGAUUGCACAGUUCCGGUUUUUGGAACGAUUACUCGUCGUCCAUGGACACUGGUGCUACAAAAGGAUCGCACAAAUGAUCUGCUAUUUCUUCUACAAAAACAUAGCGUUUGGUCUCACUCUCUUCUACUUUGAGGCUUUCACCGGUUUUUCCGGACAAUCAGUGUACAACGACUACUACUUAUUGCUCUUCAAUGUUGUCCUAACAUCAUUGCCGGUGAUUGCUCUUGGUGUCUUUGAACAAGAUGUUUCCUCCGAGAUCUGCUUGCAAUUCCCGGCUUUAUACCAACAAGGCACAAAGAACCUCUUCUUUGAUUGGUCGAGAAUACUUGGAUGGAUGUGCAAUGGCGUCUACUCAUCUCUUGUCAUAUUCUUCCUCAACAUCGGAAUCAUCUACUCUCAAGCUUUUCGAGCGGGUGGCCAAACAGCUGACAUGGACGCUGUCGGCACGACCAUGUUCACCUGCAUAAUAUGGGCGGUCAAUGUUCAAAUCGCCUUGACCAUGUCCCAUUUCACCUGGAUCCAGCACGUGUUGAUCUGGGGAAGCAUCGGUUUCUGGUACCUCUUCGUCGCGCUCUACGGGAUGGCUCCCCCGAGUCAGUCUGGAAACAUCUACAGGAUCUUUGAUCAGAUUCUUGCUCCUGCUCCUAUCUACUGGAUGGCUACGUUGCUGGUCACAGUUACCGCAGUGCUCCCUUACGUUGCUCACAUUGCUUUCCAGAGAUUCUUGAAUCCGUUGGAUCAUCAUAUCAUCCAAGAGAUCAGAUACUACAAAAGAGAUGUCGAGGACGCGAGGCUGUGGACACGAGAGCGUACGAAAGCCCGAGAGAAGACAAAGAUCGGGUUCACAGCUAGAGUCGACGCUAAAAUCAGGCAUCUUAGGUCGAAACUGAACAAGAAACAGUCGAAUCUCUCUCAUUUCUCAGCGCAAGAUGCAGUGUCACCUAGAUUAUUGGUCCCCUAUUCUCUGAUGCAUAAGACCUCCUUGGAGACAGUGUUAUCGGCUUGUGAUUUGAUGGAACCACGAGUCGGAAACAAGUUUCGGCUCGGACGGAAGAUCGGCAGUGGAUCAUUUGGAGAGAUCUAUCUUGGUACCAAUAUCCAGACAAAUGAAGAAGUGGCUAUUAAGCUUGAAAAUGUGAAAACUAAGCAUCCUCAGUUGCUGUAUGAAUCAAAGUUGUAUAAAGUAUUACAAGGAGGAACCGGCGUUCCAAACGUUAAAUGGUAUGGUGUCGAAGGGGACUAUAACGUCCUUGUGAUAGACUUGUUGGGGCCUAGCCUUGAAGAUCUAUUCAAUUUCUGUAGUAGGAAACUUUCACUAAAGACUGUACUAAUGCUUGCAGAUCAAAUGAUCAAUCGCGUUGAGUUUGUUCAUCAAAAGUCAUUUCUACAUCGAGACAUCAAGCCUGACAACUUUCUUAUGGGUCUUGGGAGGCGUGCAAAUCAGGUAUAUGUCAUCGACUUUGGUCUGGCAAAGAAGUAUAGAGACUCAAAUCAUCAGCAUAUUCCGUAUAGGGAAAACAAAAACUUGACUGGAACUGCUAGAUACGCCAGCAUGAACACUCACCUUGGCAUUGAACAAAGUCGUAGAGAUGAUCUGGAGUCGCUUGGAUUUGUUCUCAUGUACUUCUUAAAAGGAAGUCUUCCUUGGCAAGGACUGAAAGCUGGGAAUAAGAAGCAAAAGUAUGAGAAAAUCAGUGAAAAGAAAGUAUCGACAUCUAUUGAGUCUUUAUGCCGAGGAUAUCCAUCCGAAUUUGCGUCUUACUUCCAUUAUUGCCGUUCCCUGAGGUUCGAUGACAAACCAGACUAUGCCUACCUGAAACGGCUUUUCCGUGACCUGUUUAUUCGGGAAGGCUUCCAGUUUGAUUAUGUAUUUGAUUGGACGAUCCUGAAGUAUCAGCAAUCACAGAUUUCCACUCCUCCUCCCCGCCACCAUGCUCCUGGCGUUGGACCAAGCUCUGGCCUCCCCCCUGCUAUUGCUAGUGCUGAAAGGCCAUCAGGUGGCGACGAAGCUAGACCUUCUGGCUGGUCACCAGGAAACCCUAGACGAAGUUCUGGACAAAUUUUUAACUCAGGAAGCUUAGCUAAACAAAAGGCACCAGUUUCAAGUGAUCCUGCAAUAUCUAAAGAUGUAGUGUUAUCUAGCUCUAGCUUUCUCCGCGCAACUGGAUCAUCAAGGCGCGCUGCUGUAUCCAGUAGCCGCGAGGCUGCAGUUGUUGAAACCGACUCUGAGCCAUCAAACCCUCGAAUCAUGGAAGCUGGAUCAGGCUCCAACCAAAAGAUCCAAGGUGGUCGAGGCUCCCCUAUCGUCUCAUCUGAGAACAAGCUCUUAUCACCGUCAAGGGGAAAUACUUCAGUCAUGAAGAGCUACGAGUCCAAUCUUAAAGGGAUCGAGAGGAGGGAGACUUUACUUGUGCUUUGUAUGCACUCCCAAAUAACAAAGAUAACGAAAGACUCUGAAGAAGUGAUUCCAGAGAAACGCAAACUCAAAGAGGGUGAUAUCAAAGAUUAAACACUUAGGUCCUCCCUUGGUUUUUCACUGUCCCUGUUGUGUUUGUCUCGUUUUGUACUGCAAAGUUAAAAUGUUUCGUGCUUCAAAGGGAUUGAAAUGUUUGCACACCAAAAAAAAAGGUACAAAUGAAAGAAAGGGUUUUCGUACAUUUGCAAUUCUGCAUCUUUUCAUAUUUCAGAAUUCAGACAAUUGUGAGGGUAAAUGGUCUUUUUAUUGGUAAAUACUGAAAGAAGUCG